UUUGACUUAAUCACAAAACAAGUAAUUUUCUGCAAUCAUAAUUAAACAAUUUUUAGUUACUCAAGUGUAUCAAUCCCAUUCCCAGUCCCUCUUCGUCUUCAUAUCCUCAUCCAAAGAGUAUACUCUUUGUCCUCAUCUCCUCUACUGAAGAGAAACACCUCUUCUUCUUUGUUCAUGGAUUGAAGUUUAAAAGUUUAUUGAAAAAAUUAGUAAAUAUUAGAUGUUAAAUUUCAAAAAAUGCCUUCAGACGAUGAAAUCCUUCCAUUGAAGCCAAUUAUUUUCUUUAGUGUUGUUUAUUUUUUUAUAACACUUCCAUUCUAUACUUCCUACAAUAUUCAGGAGCUGGUAGCGGAUUCAAUAAAUGAUGACUAUAAACAAGCUUGGAAUGGAUUCAAAUGGAGCGGUUACAUCAGUUUUGUAAUACUUAAUUGGACUAAUGCAAUUUUUUCAUGGUUUACUCCGCCAUUGAUUUCAUUGAUCAACUCUAAACGAACUCUUGCCUUAGGAGCAUUCGGUUUCAAUCUUGCAUUGGGCACUUUUUUGUUUCCCUUCAAAUAUGGACUUUACAUUGCCACCGUCAUCUCAGGCAUAUCAACAUCGCUUAUGUGGAGCUCUCAAGGAACGUAUCUGAGUUUUACUAGCAAUGGUGCAAGCGCUACUAGAGACUCUGGAAUUAUGUGGUUAACGAUGAACAGUGGAGCUGUUAUUGGCAAUGUUGUUGUUGCAUAUCUAUUUCAAGGGAAAGAACAUAUACCAGCAAGCACGCGAACUUUAUUAUAUUCGAGUCUUAUAUCGUUUGGAAUAAUUGGCAUUAUAUUAACAUUUUUCUUGAAAAAACCAGAUGAAGUAGAAAAAUCUGAACCAGUAUUAAAAGUAUUUGGGCAAUCGGUCAAACUUAUGGCUACAAAGAAAAUGGCUUUGCUGGUCAUUCUUAUCUUUUACACAGGUCUAGAGCUUUCAUUUUUCAAUUCAAUUUAUCCUACAUCAGUUGGUUUCACAAAAGCAUUUGGAGUGAAUAGGAAACAAUAUGCUGGUGGAACUGGAAUGCUGAUCGGUGUUGGCCAAAUAGCUGCUGGAAUAUUAUUAAUUGUGAGCCGUCGCGUGAAGAGACAAGAAUACAUUUUGGUACUUGCUUACGUUUUAUCUAUUUUCACAUUUGGUUCUAUUUACGUCAACCUUCCUAAUAAUUCAUCGACUAUGGACACUGACGAUCCAGCAAUUAUUAACCCCAGCUUAACACUCGCCUUUAUUAAUGCCUUUUCUCUUGGAUUCGCGGAUGGAUGUAUCGAGACGCAAAUUUACAGAUUCAUUAUUGAAUAUUAUCCGGACAAUGCAGCACCACCAUUUGCUAUUUUAACCAGUAUACAAGCGUUAUCAAUGGGAAUCAUGUUCCUAAUUUCAGAUUAUAUUGGUCUUCAUCUCCAUUGCAUCUUGUUAAUAAUUACAUGUACAAUUGGAAUUGCUGCUUUUCUCUUCAGUUUUCGCGUUAAAGAUUCGGUUAGCUUAAUCGAUGGUUUAGAAGUGGAAGAGACGUGAACAAGUGGUGAACAACAUGGAGAACGAAUACAACAUUAAAUAUUUACACUCAUCAAGUUAACCACUAAAGAAGUUAUUAGCAGUAAUCAUUGUCUUGAUAAACACAGAUAAACUCUUGUCGUUGAAAAGUUCCGGGUUUUCAAUAAAAAAAUUAAUUGUUAA